AUGCAGAAGGUGUCGAUGAUUCCCCUCAUCUCCUUUGACGCUGUCGUCAACAUCUACCUCACUAUCCUCUUUCUCAUCCCUCUCAAGAGCCUGUACACAUUCAAGCACUUCCCCAAGACUCCCGCGAACAUUCGACUUAGGACCGUUGCACUCCGUACCUUUAUUGGUGCCCUGUGCACCCUCACCAGCAGCAUUGUGAAUUUGACCGUACUCAUGGUCCUCAACGGCGAACCCGGCUGGGUUUGCCUCAUGUGCUGCAACAGUGAUAUUCUAUUUUCCGCCAUCGUCGUCCAGUGGGUGACCAACAAGGAUAACGUUGCCACCCAGUGCUCCUCGGGUGGUGGCUCCCGCAACGAGCCAUUCAUCGAAGAUUUCCGUCGAACGACUGGGACUGGCUACUCACCGCACAUCGCACCAAGUCAGAAGCACGUCAUGGAUGAUAUAGCCGAGAUUUCUCUUGACAGCUCGACGCGCUCUAUUACUGUCAACAGCAGCAAGACCUCAUCCGAGGCGGAACGUGCGUGCAGGACGUUCUCGGCCGGUUCGGUGCCUGGCAGCGGCGCCGUGGUCACGACCACGACUAAGCGCGAAUCGAAACCCACGACGGCAGGUUUCGAAGAGAUGAGCAUUGAGGAUGGUUGCACGGGGCAGAACGAACCCCGACGAACGAGCGGGCGUGAGACAGAGUCCGGCCGCUACACUAGGGAUACAUGA